UUUCUGUCCAUGAAACUCUGGGUGGGGCAGCCUGACUCCACUGAGACACUUCACCACUUCACAGUCUAGCACUGGAGCCUUCUGUUGAACAUUGGAUGUUGGGAAACAUUGAGCCCUUUACACUGCACAUUUUAAGUUUCCUAUCACAGCAUUUUAUUUCAUUGGGUUUUUUUGUUGUUUUUCCCGAGCUCAAAUCCAGGGCCUCACAUACAUUAGGCAAGUGCUCUACCACUUAGUUGUACCCCCACCCCUCACAAUUUUAUAAUCAGAAAAUAAAACGCAAGUUUUCUAAAGGUAAAACUGCAACUAGAUGAAUCUCAUACCAAGUGAAAGAGGCCAGACACAAAAGGCCAUACUGGAUUAGAAGUUUCCAGAGAAGUUACUUUAGCAUGUAGCAAGAUAGAUGCUAUUAUUUUGAAAUUUCUAAGCAAGACGGAGCCAUAGAGCCAAGACAGAUGAGUGACCAACUGCUUGGGGUACAUGGGAAGAACAGAACAAUUGGACAAAGAAGACUUGGGGUUGGGGGCCGGGUCUGGAGCAGCCCCUGCAGGCCCACCAUAGGCCUGCUCCUAUUUCCACACACACAACACUGCUGUCCCACAGCGGGGUGCACUCCGUCAAGGACACUUGAGAACCAGGGCUCUAGUGCUCUGAGGCGGUUCUGGAUGUGGACUGAGGCCAGCAGGCUCCUUUGCUGUAAAACCAGUGCUGUCCAGAUGCCUCCCACGUGGGGUGCUCAGAGCCCUUUCUCAUUGGUGCCACCUGCUGAGGCAGGAAAGCAGCGUCUAGCCAUUUGGAGGACUCUGGACAGUGAUACAAUGACCGUGUAAGUGUCAGAGGGUGGGCUGAGGGCGGCCAGGGAAGGACAAAGGCAGGGCAGGAAGAUGGAAAAGUUCAAGACAGCGAUGCUGUUGGGGGGCGUGGGUGAUGCUCUCGGCUGUGGGAAAGUCAGCUGGGAGAGCAGCACCCCAGGCUCCCUCCACCAGCAGCUACAGAAGGCCGGAGGCCUGGACCACCUCGUGCUCUCGCCUGCAAAGUGGCCAGUGAGUGGUAACACCAUCAUGCACAUGGCAACGGCGGAGGCCCUCAUCACAGACUACUGGUGCCUGGAUGAUCUGUACCGUGAAAUGGUGAGGUGCUACGUGGAGACCAUAGAGAAGCUUCUGGAACAUCGGCCAGAUCCAGCCACUAUCGAGGGGUGCUCGCAGCUGAAGCCGGAUAACUACCUCCUGGCCUGGCACACGCCCUUCAGUGAAAAGGGCUCUGGAUUUGGAGCUUCGACAAAAGCCAUGUGCAUCGGCAUGAGGUACUGGAAGCCAGAGCGGCUGGAGACCCUUAUUGAAGUCAGCAUUGAGUGUGGCCGCAUGACCCACAACCACCCCACAGGCUUCCUGGGGUCCCUGUGCACCGCCCUGUUUGCCUCUUAUGCAGUGCAAGGAAAGCCGCUCGUGCAGUGGGGGAGAGACAUGCUGAAGGUGGUCCCGCUGGCUGGAUACUGCAGGAAGACCAUCCGGCACAUGGCAGAGUACCAGGAGCACUGGUUUUACUUUGAAGCUAAAUGGCAGUUUUAUUUGGAGGAGAGAAAAAUCAGCAAAGACACGGAAAAUAAAGCCACCUUUCCUGACAACUAUGAUGCAGAGGAGAGAGACAAGACCUACAAGAAGUGGAGCUCAGAAGGCCGAGGGGGACGGCGAGGCCACGACGCCCCCAUGAUAGCCUAUGAUGCCCUCCUUGCAGCUGGGAGCAGCUGGGCUGAGCUGUGCCACCGGGCCAUGUUCCAUGGAGGUGAGAGCGGAGCCACCGGGGCGAUUGCCGGCUGCCUGUUCGGGUUGCUGUAUGGCCUGGACACCAUUCCGCAGGGCUUGUACCAGGACCUGGAGCACAAGGACAGAUUGGAGGACUUGGGCGCGGCCCUCUACCGCCUGUCCACGGAGGAGAAGUAA